AUGGAACAAAACUGGCAGUAUCCUUUGAAUAGUCGCGGUUUUCUUUCGCACCGAUCGAUCGGUCAAAUAGAUCCGGAGCUCAUGCCAAGGCUUCGUGGAUUGACAGUGAACAACUGGGAUGGAGCCAACAUCGUCAUAGCUGCUAAAACCGCAACCGCUCACCCGAAGCUGCCGGGAACUAUCUACACUGCUGCAGAAGAGGUUGAAAAGGCUGGGGGAAAAGCGUUAGCGUGCAUAGUUGACGUACGUGAUGAGGUAUCCGUGCGGCAAGCUGUCGAGUCGGCUGUGAAAAAGUUCGGCGGAAUAGAUAUACUCAUCAACAAUGCCUCAGCGAUUAGUCUCACAAACACUGAAGACACUGAGAUGAAACGAUAUGAUCUGAUGCAUUCAAUAAACACAAGAGGAACUUUUUUAAUGUCAAAAAUAUGCCUACCAUAUCUCAAACAAAGCAAAAAUGCACAUAUUUUAAACAUUUCUCCACCAUUGCUAAUGGAACCAAGGUGGUUCUCUAACCAUGUGGCAUAUACGAUGGCAAAGUACGGUAUGUCAAUGUGCGUGCUCGGAAUGCAUGAUGAAUUCCGGUCGUACGGAGUUGCCGUCAACGCGUUAUGGCCAUUGACGGGUAAGUUCCAAGAGUUUGGGCAGUUAAAAUGA